AUGACUGCUGUCCGAAAAAACCCUCUCAGAAUCAACAAUCCCAAUAACAUACCCUCAAUUCUCACGAGAGAUACAAAUGUUACUGACACAAGCCCUCUUCCAAGCACAAACAAUGUGGUUUUAGUUGGUACUAGUAUUAGCAACGUCAACAACAAUACCACCCCGUCUCAUCAUGGUCAGCAAAAGAAAAUAACCCUCAACAACAUUUCCUCCUUCGAUUUGGAUCUGAAAUCUGAAUUACGGCCUUCGUCUGCUACAUUCGAUUUGGUUGAUGGGCGAAAGAGUAACGUCAAAGAGGAGAAUCAAGACAUUUUCGAUCACGAAGAUGAAACGGUUUGGGAAGAUGAGGUUGUUUCCCGAAAAACAUCACAGACAACAGCUCUUCAACAACUACAAUCUUCACAAAAUACCAAUGUCAACAACAUGAGAAGCUCAAGGCAAUUAAGCUCCUCCCUAAUUAAUAUUGCCAAUGCUUCGACAUCCAACAACAUAUCACCAAAGGCCUCUUUACUCACCAGAAAAUCAAGUAACACGUCAUUUCCUUCCAUCAGCAAUGGUUCCUCUUCACUUAGGCAGUCCAUAGCCUCUGUCAACAAAUUUACUUCCCUCACGCCCAUAUCUACAUCCUCAUCGUCUGCUUAUAAAACUCCCUCCCCGACAUUAUAUGAAAUGGUAGAUACCGUGUCGAGUGUGUCUCGUCCUGCCUCAGUUUGCAGCAACCACUCCACAGACCAUCAACAAAAAGAAGAUGAAUCGUUUGUUGCGUCUACACCGCUUAAUACUGCCACCGAACGAUCAGUUACAAGAGAAGGUGGUACACGAAGCUCACAAAGCAGACGAAGCUCCAUUACACGCUCACCUCAUCCUUUCGACAAUCAGCUCACAACAACUAACAACUCCUCAACACCUGACAGUCUCCCUGUUAUUUCCUCACCCUCGACCGACCAUAAACUUCCCUCGGUACGACCGACUUCCCUUAAAAAAUCAACGGUGUAUGGGAAGUCAGAUAUAUUGUCGACACAACAACAAGAAGCCACAACACCACAACCUGUACAACUACCUAUUUCAAAUUCAUCUAGAACUCCUUCCCAAAUUAAAAAAUCAUCGUCACCGUUAUCAGUUCAGGAAAUUAAUAUGCUGACUCAGUUCAAAGUUAAGAAAGCAUCUCCUUCCACCAAAUCGCCCCAGCCUGUCCUCCAUCCUCUUCAUGGAAAACGUUCUCUCAAAGUUCCUUUAACUCCCUCAAUAGAGAAUGAUACCACAAGUGACAUCACAGCUCCAAUUACUACCAACACAUCUUUGCAUGAUGAAGAAAUAGCCCCAACACAAUCAGACCACCAAAUAAUUACCACACGUCCAUCAUCAGAUCUUGUACCUCACACUAUUCGACAUUUUUCAGAGGACAUUUCUUCCACGUCUCCACAAACUCCAACUCAUGUACAAAAUUCGGCUUCUUCAACAAUCCUCUCUCCAGCUAAAACAAAAACUCCUCUUAUUAUAUCCAAGAAAACUGUUUCACAAUUAGACGACAAGCCACAACAAGUUAAUAAUGAGCCAAUGACUAAGGAGCAACUGAAAGAAAUUGCAUUGGUAGACAUUUUCCCUAAUGGUUUCGAUACUUCCAAUAAGAAAAUCAAGUAUCAACAAACAUCUGAUCAGGAAUUGACAUACACAGAUGUUGUUAAUGAACUCAAAACGCUCAGUAAUAGAGUUGUCAUGCUAAAGAGAACAGAGAGUGGAAAGAAAAAUAGCUUUAAAAAUCUUUAUCAUUUCCAAAAUAAUCAUCCUGCAAUGGAUGAGAUUAACAAUUUCGAAGUUGAGAAGAUGGAAAAGCGAAUCAAACGUCUAAAUUACUAUCGAAAAAUUCUAAAGAACGGACUAUCUGGAUGGAGUGACUAUAAAAGUGAAAGGGACUCCUAUGUCGCAUUAAGACGAAGUAGUUUAGCUGAGGAGGGUUUCUCAAAUGUUGAAAUGUCAAAAGAGGAAGAAGAAGUGGAAAUUAAACGUUUCGAUGAUGAAUAUAGAAGAUUCAAGCAGCGUUUAAACCCAGAAAUGUCCACCAAGUUCGUCAAAGCUGUUGAAAGAGUGGACCCUCAUGAAGUGGCCUCAUCUCUUCUUGAAAACCUGUUCUCAAGAUCUGAUAAGAUCAAAUCUGAAGAAGAUAAGGUCGUUGAAAAAGAAAAGCUCACUGCAGAAAUUUCAAGAUGGAAACAACGAUGGUCGCCUGCCACCACUCCAAAAAGAUCUGCUCAAGCAUCAACAUCGCCGAAAUCGUUUUCAGAGCUAACUUCUUCAUCAGAUGACUCGAUAUUUUCUGACUCUGAAGGUGAUGAAUAUGAGUCAGAAAGUACCUCCGAGAGUGAAAAGGAUGAUGGUGAAGGUGAUGACGAUUUUGAAAUUGUUAUAAUUAAUGAUUUGGAGCCUCAAGAUGAAGAUGGAUUCUUUUUAACUUCGACAUUUUCUGACCUCUCCAAUGAAACAUUGAACCAAGUCGAUUCCAGAAAAUUAUUGAAAGCAAUUGUAGAUGCCUCUAGAAAAGAGGCCAAAGUCGCUCUGACAAAGCCAUCAUUGUUGCAAGCUAAACAACAACCAGGCAUGACACCCCUCAUUCUAACACCAAGCAUUUCUGUACCUAAAAAAGAGCACGAGCAAUACAAAGUUUUGCCGCGCCUCUCACCGAAACGUAAUGCUGGGAUGAGCUUUGAUUUCACACCUUCAUCUUCAGAUGCAUUACGUACUACUGUUGACGAAAAUUUUGUGAUGAAGGUUAAUGUAAGAGAAUCAAGGGUAAUUUCUGCAAACAACUUGUCGAGAUACCAUGGAAAGGAAGUUGAAGAAAACAUGCCUCAAAAAUUAUCGUCUUUGGAACCACCUUCCGAAAGAGAGAUUGGAGUAUACCACAGAGCCCCCUCGCCUUCUGCUUCUGACCUUGUACGACGAUCAAGAGAAGUUGCAAUGGUCACUAAUGAAAACGGCAGAUUACGACAAUCCUCAUUUAACGCUACUGAAGACACCAAUUUAGGCUCAUCCGUCAUGACGUCAUCAGAUCAAUUGCUCAAUGAAUCGUCGUUCCUUGCAGAAAGCUUGGAGCAAAACGGCACCAUUGACUGGAAAAAAGAAGCAGGUAUGAUGCAACAAAAGAGGAGAACGAGCGUGUGCGAGAAGGUGAGCGAUGAGGAUGAUAUGGUUCUCAUGAACGAUGAAGAAAAAACAAAGAGAGCCGAAGAUGGUGAUGUAAUCAUGACUGAAUCUUUGGCUACGUUUGAUGAUUUGAGCUCACCACAAACCAUGGGAGAGGCAGACAAGCAAAAAUUCCAAUUUAAUCAGUUGCUGCAGCAUUUGAAUUCUGAAGUGGAAUAUAGUGAAAAGACAAAAAAGAAGAAGAAAAAACACAAGAAACAUUCUGUCAAGUCAAUAGAAACGGUUCGCAAUGAUGAAUCAAGACCAGAGUCUCCUACAAACACGAGACAUGACAAUGACAUUAUUGAAGAGGAUCCUAACAUGACGAUAACUUCUGACCAACAGCAAUUGUUUCAACUACCUCCUGAUGGAUCCAAGAAGCUUAUUAUUGAACUCGAUGAAUUGCUUGGUAUUGGAGCUCACGGAAAAGUGUUCAAAGGUUUCAUUCCCAACUAUAUUACCAAUACCAAGACCCAGUGGCCAUUAAGAAGCUAA